ACCUAUGCAGGCUGCAUCACCCAGACAUCUAUUUUUAUACUUUUUGCUGGGUUGGAAAACUUCCUCUUGGCUGUGAUGGCCUUUGACCGGGAUGGGUCCAUCUGUCACCCCCUGCACUACAUGGUAAUUAUGAACUCCAGGCUCUGUGUGUUGCUGGUUCUGUUGUCCUGGAUCACAAGUGUCCUUAAUUCACUAUCUAAUAGUUUAAUGGCAUUGCGGCUGUCCUUCUGUACACACGUGGAAAUCCCUCACUUUUUCUGUGAACUUAAUCAGCUGAUUCACCUAGCCUGCUCCAACACUUUAAUUAAUGACAUAGUGUUGUAUUUUGGUGGUCCCUUUAUUGGAAUCCUUUACUCUUACUAUAAGAUAGGUUCCUCCAUUUGUGCAAUCUCAUCCGCUCAGGGGAAGCACAAAGCAUUUUCCACCUGCGCCUCUCACCUCUUAGUUGUCUUCUUAUUUUAUUGUACAAUCCUAGGCGUGUACUUUAGUGCUGGUCCUGCCCACAACUCACAAUCAAGUGCAACAGCCUCAGUGAUGUACACUGUGGUC